AUGUCCUACGAUGGCCUUUGCUUUCUGUCGUUGGACGGCGGUGGGGUGAGAGGGCUGUCGACACUCUACAUACUUCGAGAAAUUAUGGCAGCACUCAAUCAUGCGCGCGAGGAGGCAGGACUGCUUGCAGUAAAGCGAUGCGAUGUCUUCGGCCUUAUUGGAGGCACUAGCACCGGUGGAUUGAUUGCGAUCAUGCUCGGGCGAUUGGGUAUGGAUGUCGAUGAUUGCAUCAGCGCCUAUAAUGCGUUGAUCGAAGCCAUCUUCACCGAGAGAGAAAUCCGUACGGGUCUUGGUUUCAAGGGCAACGUCGAAGCGAAGUUUUCCUCUCAGAAAUUGCGAGAAUGCAUCGAGAACCCAGGGGUAUCUCGUGGAUGCAGAGUCUUUGUCUGUUCAUGCGAUCGGAACAAUACCAGGCGUAUCAUACGUUUGAGAAGCUACGAUAUACCAGGUAAACCAAGAUCUAUGAACCGCCCAUCGGUAGUUCAAGUAGCCCUUGCUACAUCAGCAGCCCCUAGAUUGUUUGACGAAGUCAAUAUAGGCGACGUCGUACAUCUCGAUGGUGGCUUGGAUGCGAACAACCCGGUAAACCACGUAGCCCACGAAGCCUCCGACAUCUUGUGCAAAGAGGGAGGAGACCCGAAUUUGCAGGCUCGCAUCAAAUGUUUCCUCUCGAUUGGCACGGGCCAUCCUGGUGUAAAGGCAGUGCACCUUGACAAUGCAUGGAAGCUUAUCUCCGCGACGCUCAAGGAGAUGGUCACCGAUACACAAAAAGAUGCACAUGAAUUCGCCCAUUCGUGGAGACGCCCAUUGAGUCAAGGUCGCUACUUUCGGUUCAAUGUUCGACACGGACUCUAUGAUAUCAGCUUGCAUGGGUACAAGGAGAAGGGAAAGGUAGAGACAAUGACACUGAGUUACUUGGAAGAGCAGGAUGCCGAACAGAGUGUGAGAAAAUGUGUCAAAGCGAUGGAGAACAAAGAAUGUGUGUCAAUUCCGGAUUUUAGCUAGCGA